AUGCGCUCCCUCAAUGCCGUGGCACUUGCGGCUUUGGUGGGGAACACCAUGGCUUUCUGGCGAAUGGGUUGCCGAGCUCGAUCAGGCUUAGUCCGACUAGAUCCGUUGGUGACGCCAGGAGGCAUCUCUGAACACAUGCACGCCAUCCAUGGCUCGAGUGGAUUUUCUGCCACUGCUACCUAUGAAGAGUUGAUGGCUGGAGACUGCACUUCCUGUGAGGUUGCCGAAGACAAAUCCGCCUAUUGGCACCCGGCCCUCUACUUCAAGGAUUCUGCCACCGGAAAAUUCUCCCUCGUACCCCAGGUCGGCGGAAUGUUAGCUUACUAUCUUCUCUAUCCAAACGCCGGAAACACGACCAUCACUUCUUUCCCAGCUGGAUUUCAAAUGAUCGCUGGUGACACAAACCAGCGCAACUUCACUUAUCCCGUUCCGGAUAUAGAGAAAUCACUUUGGAAUAGCAACCCCUAUAAUACCCAGGCAUUUCUCCGUCAAGCUGCACUUGGCUUUAACUGCCUCAAUUAUGCCAAGGCGCCCGAAGGAGCACUGUACCGUCAUUUUCUCCCAGACAAGGCUUACCUAGACUCAAACUGUGUCGACGGUGUUCGUUUCGAACUCAUGUUCCCUUCCUGCUGGAACGGGAAUAAAGAUAUUCCCCCCAACAAGAUGGAUCACAUGGCCUACCCGUCUCAAGUUAUGACGGGCGAAUGCCCUGAAGGCUUCCCGGAGCGGGUACCCUCUCUGUUUUACGAAAUUAUUUGGAACACCUUUGCCUUCAAAGACAAACAAGGACAGUUUGUUCUUGCCAACGGAGACCCGACCGGUUACGGAUUCCACGCUGAUUUCAUCAUGGGCUGGGACGAGGAACUCCUUCGCAAGGCCGUCAAUACUUGUACAAAUCUUUCUGGUCUCACCAGCGAUUGCCCUCUUUUUACCAUGCAAGAUCCUUCUGUUUACAAUAGCUGCAAUCUGACUAAGAUUCCGGCUGUAGUGGCGGAGGAAGAAAAAAUAAUCACUGACAUGGAUAACUUGCCUGGAAAUCUACCAAUUCAGCCCGGACCGGCCUAUGCUAUUGGUGAGACCGCCGGCGCACAGCCAGCAAAGGACCAGAAGCCCAAUCCUGCCCCACAGCCCCAAGCGCCUGCUCCUCCUGCACCAGCGCCACCAGCUCCUGCCCCUGCUCCUCCAGCAGAGCAACCCGCCCCCCCAGUCGAGGCGCCUCCUGCACCCGCUGAGCCCGUUAAGGAACCGUCUGUCCCGGUCCUCUCCUAUUCAGCUGGAUCAAGUAUUGCUCCAUCGGCAACUUAUGCUCCUGGCGGAAUUGUUGGACUCCAUGAUGAUAAACCCGCAGUAGCCGCGGUAGCCGAACCUGCCCCCACCCCAGCUCCAGAAAACAAAAAGGAAGAUGCCGAUAACAAAGAUGUUGUUAGCACUGAGUACAAGACUGACGGUCGUGAGAUUACUGAGGUCUACUGGGUCGAGGAGGUCGUUGUUGCUAUGGAGGCUUCCACUUACACCAGUACGACGACAGUAAUGGAACCACCGCUACGAAAGCGUUCCCACUUACUACACCACCGUCACCACUAUGCUGGCAUGUAA